AUGCGCGUCGAUUGGUUGGCAACGGCGACCGGAAUCGAGAGGCUGCGAGCACCGCUGGCAAUCGGUGGGACCGGCGCUGGCUGCGACUCGUGGCGUAUCUUCGCCCAUGGAUCGACUGGCCGGGUGAAGGUCUUGAAGGCUACGCGGGAUUGUGGCUUGCGGAAGGCGCAAACUGUGAGAGGCGCUAGCGCUGGUGGUGGUGCAAUGCAGCAACGGUCUCUUGGGACAGGUCACGGGCUUUGGGGGCCAAAUGAUGUACUGCUACCGGAUUACUCACAGUGGCAGACAGGGCAGCUAACGUGGGCAUCCAGUGAGAUGCUGUAG